UGUAUACGUGGUUUCGAUGAUGAGUGUCUCUCCGUCACUCUCCGUGGUCUCCCCCGACUCCUUCGUGCCGCUAACUGCCAAGUGUACAAAUUCCGGCGAACAGAUAUCAGGGACUGGUGAAAAUAUAGCAUUGUGAUAAAUAAGUAACAAUAAUGGCUGUGACAAACGGGGUAUCGUUUAUUUUGUCAUCGAUAUUGACCGUACUGCUAUUCUCUGGAAUGCAAAUGUACAGAGGUUGGUUCGCAUCCUCGCAACUGCACACCGUUUUCGGAGGAUAUCUGGGCUCUGUAUUAUUCAUAUUGAUUCUCACGGCAAUUGGAAAUCUUGAGAUGACUUUAUUCGGAAAAUCAUUCCAGUCCAAGCUGUUUCCUGAAGUCGCUGGGUCUCUGCUCAUUGCCAUGAUUGCAUCUGGAAUGGUGCACAGAGUUUCGACGACCACUUGUUUCUUGUUUUCUUUAAUCGCUCUUUAUUAUAUCAACCAAAUCUCGCAACAAGUUUACUCUAGUAGUACGACUGUGCCUGCAGCAUCCUUUCAGUCUAAAAAGCGGAAGUAAAAAUUUUAUAUGAUGUUUUCUGUAUUCAGGUGAAUAAAAUAUAUGUAUUUACAUUUUUACAUAUCA